UAAAAGAAGAGGUUAGGGGUUUGAGGCAAAUUUGGAAUGAUGCCGGCCGUCAGUGAAUGAAGAAUAGAUAGAGAUAGGGACAGAGAUGGGAAGAGAUGUAGUAGUAUAGUGUAAUGAGUGAGAUGAGAGUAGAUAUUCAAAUGUUAAAAUGGCGCUGAGUAUUUCCUUAAUUCUUUUUUGUGUCUUGGACUGACUUCCAUUUAUGCAAUACAUGAAUGAUGAUGAGUUUUCCCCUUUCAGGUUUUGAGUUUGGAUCGCAUUAUUAUAUUCUUCGCUUCAAAGCAUUAACAAGUGUACUUAGAGGGUUUGUCGCUUGAAAGAGAAGUUUCCUUUCAUGAAAUAAUUGAGAUUCGAAUCUUGUUAGAGCAAUGUAUUUCAGUAGCUAGGAAUGUCCAUCCCUUCCACUGCAUAUUUCUUGGGAAGCUUUGGAUAAACUUGUUCUAAGCAAAGUGUUUGAUAUUUGCAUUUAGGUUCAUGGUGAUCCUUUAAAGACGUAGCUAAGUAGUCUGGCAUCCAUAUCUGUUACCAUUGUGGUUGAAGUUAUAGGGCCUGUGGUUUAAUAUGCUAUGGAACAAUCAAACCAUCAGAACUGUAGUCACUUUGCUUCUGCUCAACAGUCAAAUGCAGAAUUUCAACCUGACCCUCAGGUUCUUACAAUGGACCCUCCAGAUCAUACACAUCAUAAUUUAAAGGCUCCAAACGAUAAUUGUUCCGAGGCUAAGCCUGUGCUUAAUUUCUCUCUACAAACAGGAGAAGAGUUUGUACUUGAGUUCAUGCGUGAUCGUGUUAAUCCCGGCAAAAAUUAUGUUCCCAGUACUUCGGGUGAUCCUAGUUUUCCGCAAGGUCACUUGGAGCUAAAAGGCAUCGUAGGCAUCAGUCAUACUGUAUGUGAAGAUGGUUCAGACACUUCCAUGCUAGCGAUGGUUGAAAAAGGUCCAAAAGAAUUUGAGAAACACGACUCUUCCUUACAUGAUGACAAAAAUUACAAUGGGUCAGUGGUAUCAGUGCAACAAGUAUCAUCAGAUUAUAAUAGUUUUGGCUCUCUUAUGUGUACCUCAUCUGGAAUAUGUGAUGAUUCUGUGGCAAAGCUUAAGGCAAUGUGUAGCUUUGGCGGUAAAAUAUUACCUCGGCCUAGUGAUGGGAAACUCAGGUAUGUUGGUGGGGAAACACGGGUUAUCCGCAUCAGGAAGGAUAUUACAUGGAAAGUAUUGUGGCAUAAAGCUGUUGCAAUAUAUGAUCCAACUCAUAUUGUAAAAUAUCAACUACCUGGAGAGGAUUUUGAUGCUUUGGUUACUGUGUCCUGUGACGAGGAUUUGCAGAAUAUGUUGGAGGAGUGCAAUGUCCUAGAAGAUGGAGAUAUUUCAAAAAAACUUAGGAUUUUCCUGUUUUCCAUCUCUGACUUGGAUGAUGCUCAUUCUAGUUUAACGAAUUCGGAUGCAGAUUCUGAAUUUCAGUAUGUAGUGGCAAUCAAUGGCUUGGAAAUGGGAUCAAGAAAUAGCUCAACUUUGCAUUAUCUAGGUUCUUCUUCAAACAACUUAGCUGAGUUGGAUGGAAACAACAUUGAGGACUCGAGUAGAUCUGUUAUGGGGUUUAUUGGUGCGAGUAACUUACCUUCAGCUGGUUUUGAUGACUCAUCAUUGAUCACUAAAUCUGCUAAUCCUAAUGUCCCUAUCCCCUCCAGUGCUUAUGACAUUGAUUUACGCAUUCAUUAUGGGCAGAAGGAAAAUUGUGAUAACAGUAAGCAGCAGCAGUUCCAAUUUGGUUUCAAUUCUAAUUCUCAUUUCAUAAAUAAUAUUGAAGGUCAAGGCUCCCAAACACAAGCAAAACAAUAUGGACCUGCUAUGUAUAAUAAAGCUUUUGUUCCUGAGUCUGUCACUUUAGCAGUUGAUUCAACAGAUUUAAGCUUCUCUGAUCCUGUUCCACCAACUCAGAGGGGUUUCUGUUCUAUGCAAAUUCCAAGAGGGCAGGUAGAGUUGCUCAGCAGGUUAUCAAAGUCGGAUGAUUCACACAAUUCACAGUUUCUUGCAACUCAUUCACGUGCAGAUUUUUCACAACAAGAAAUUCUUAAAGAAUCCAUUGACAAAAUGCAAAAUCGGAACAUGAACGAGCAGCUUGUUUCUACUGAAAAGUCAUUAUGCUGUGCUCCUCAAACUGCAGCACAUGAUCUUGGAGUGCCUCUGAAUUUGAAGCAGGUUAUUCCAAAUGCUGCAAAUAUGAAAAAUGUUGUGCAUGUGGAUCAGGUUCCCGUAGCUAAUCAUCAAACAGUAUGCACGGACAAUAAGUAUACGAAUUUCUUAGUCAAGCGGACAGAGGAUAGAGGAUCAAGGCCAAACCCACUGCCCCACGUGGAUGCUGAGAAUCACCAUGAAGAUGGGGGGGAUAUUCAUCUUAAAAUUCAUCAGGGUGAUAGGGAUGGCAGUAACUCUAACGAGAAAUCUCAACCUUCAGAUUGGACAGGGAAUUACAGAGAGUGUGUUCUUCAAGGGGAACCAUCUGUUGUGUUACCCAGGUCUGAGCAAGGAGAUAUCUUGAUUGAUAUUAAUGACCGGUUCCCUCGUGAUAUCCUAUCUGAUAUAUUUGCAAAAGCUAUACUUUCUAAUAGUUCAUCCGAUAUUUCUCCAGUGCAGCAGGAUGGAGCUGGUAUGAGUUUAAACAUGCAAAAUGAGGAACCAAAGCACUGGUCAUUUUUUCAAAAAUUGGCAGGGGAUGAAUUUGUUAGGAAAGAUAUUUCGCUAAUUGACCAAGAUCACAUUACAUUCUCACCCAAUCUCCAGAAAGUUGAUGAAGAGCCUCCUUCAACAAUCAACUUGGAUCCGCAAAGAGAUAGUGGUGGGGAUGGUCCCAAAGAGCUGCCUCAUGCACUUGGUGAUGUUGAUAGUCAACUUCAAUUAGGGUUUGGUGCAACCCAGACAGAAGUUAGCGAGGGCAUCCAUGAUGAUGUUAUGAUGGAUAAAUCUAAGGUGUUAGACAUCGAUUCUGAGGAUGGGUUUAAAAAUGUUGGACUGCCUCUAGGUCGUACACUUGCAGAAAUUGACAUCAACUCUCUGCAGAUCAUUAAGAAUGAAGACCUUGAGGAACUGAAAGAACUUGGUUCAGGUACAUUUGGCACAGUGUAUCAUGGAAAAUGGAGGGGAACAGAUGUUGCCAUUAAGCGGAUAAAGAAGAGUUGCUUCACUGGGCAAUUAUCGGAACUAGAGAGACUGGCCAUAGAGUUCUGGAGAGAAGCUGAGAUUUUGUCAAAGCUUCACCACCCAAAUGUUGUGGCAUUUUAUGGUGUGGUGCAAGAUGGACCAGGGGGUACACUAGCUACUGUGGCGGAGUACAUGGCUGAUGGUUCACUAAGACAUGUUUUGAUCCGCAAAGAUAGGCAUCUUGAUCGUCGUAAACGACUCAUAAUAGCAAUGGAUGCGGCAUUUGGUAUGGAGUACUUGCAUUCUAAGAAUAUUGUGCAUUUUGAUCUGAAAUGUGACAAUUUGCUGGUGAAUUUGAAAGAUCCAUCGCGACCAAUCUGCAAGGUAGGUGAUUUUGGUUUGUCAAAGAUAAAGCGGAACACCUUGGUUUCUGGUGGUGUGAGAGGAACGCUACCAUGGAUGGCUCCAGAGUUGCUAAAUGGUAGCAGCAGCAAAGUUUCUGAAAAAGUUGACGUGUUUUCUUUUGGUAUUGUCCUGUGGGAGAUUCUCACUGGAGAGGAACCUUAUGCCAAUAUGCAUUAUGGAGCUAUUAUAGGAGGUAUUGUGAACAAUACUCUGAGGCCAACAAUUCCUAACUACUGUGAUUCAGAAUGGAGGUGCUUGAUGGAGCAAUGCUGGUCCCCAAAUCCUGCAUCUAGGCCCUCUUUUACAGAAAUUGCCAGCCGAUUACGGUUAUUGUCGUCUGCUUCCCAGAACAAAACUACCGGUCAAAAGGCAACUAAAUAAUAGUUGUCUACCUACCUUCCACUUGUUUAUGUGGAAAUUAAUUUAUUUUGUUGAAGCAACAAGCGUUAUGCUUGGGCAUUUAUAUAAACAAUUGCUCUACUUAUAUUUGCGUAUCUUGUUCUGGAAAAGCAAGAAAAUAAAUCUUUUAUUCAUUAACAAUAACCCUUUUUGCAAUUGAAAAAUUCACGGCCCAUUUUGCACGUCUGUCUGUCCUGUAGCGAAGAAAUAAUGCUGCUAAUCUUCUGCUACCGAGGAAGGGAAAGUUCACAGUUGGGUAUCAAAAAGUGAUGAUCCUAUUGAAACUCUAAAUUUUGGGUCAAAACAAGUUAAUGUUAUUAGAUGGAAAUGUAGAGAGAGAGCUGUAAAAAUGCCAUUGGUGCUGAUGCUCAAUAGGAACCACCAGUAUUACAAUUUGGAUUUGUCCACAAGUAGAGUUGUAAAAAGGCAGGUCAGUAUUGAAUAACCAUUAGACUGAAAACCAUUGAACAAGUAGCAGCAACCUCGUCCUCAAGGUUGUUCAAUCCUAAUUAAGGAAGGCAGUGAAGAGCAUGAUGUGCAAAGUAGUACUUAUCAUUUAGUUGAAACCAAAAGGAGCAGUUGGACGGAAUAUUAAAAAUGGUUGCAAAAUUAUGGUUGGA